UAAAACAAAAUUACUAGUACACAUAGCAAUAAGCAAAAAAUUGAUUGAUCACAUUUCUAAGAUUCUGAUAAUAUAACUUUUAUAUAUGAGUAGUUAUCAUCGUUUAAUAUAAAGCAGCUAAUGGAGCUGUAGGUCUUAGUAAUAGCUCUAUUAAUUCUUAGCAUACUGUAAAGAUUAUGCGUUGACCUAUUGACCUUAAUGACUUUAAGCAUAGUUGGUCUUCAAAGUAGCAAAUUUAAACUUCAAUUCAUCAGCAAGCCAAAGAUACAAGUUCAACCAAUGGAUAGAACCAAGAACCCAUCCUACAUUUGAUCUUUUUCGAUAAUCUAUGUCCCUCGAAUACACAAUAAAGAAGAAAAGAUCUGUCAUUACUUUCUAUAUCCUGAUUUUAAUGUAAUACCAACCAAAUCAUUUUAAAGUGGCAGAAUUUCUUUAAAAAACACUUUUUAUGUUUUUCAGGGCUGAAUUGUUUGUAGUAUUAUAAAAAUGAUAGUGCCGUCAGUAACGUUGAUGCCAGGAGUGCAGAUGCCACUUUUGGGUUUGGGCACAUACAAGCUCCAGGACCAUGAGCAGCUGAAAAAAUCUGUCAGUUCUGCACUUCAAGCUGGAUACAGAGCCUUUGACACAGGUGCAGUUUAUGGAAAUGAGGCACAUCUAGGGCAAGUCCUCAAAGAGCUGCUGCCCAAGUAUGGCCUAAGCCGUGAAGAUGUGUUCAUUAUCAGCAAGCUUGACCCGUUAGACCAUGGGCUGAGGGCAAAGGAAGGCUGCCUGAGGAGUCUGGAGCAACUAGACUGUGAAUACAUCGACCUCUAUCUAGUGCACUGGCCUGGGGUGGAGGGUCUUGACCCAGGGGAUUCUCGUCAUUCAGAGUAUCGAGCGCAAAGCUGGGUGGCCCUAGAGGAUUUCUAUGCCAGCGGGUGGUUCAAGGCCAUAGGGGUUUCAAACUACACUGCAAAGCACAUUAGGGAGCUGCUCACGAUUUGCCGCGUCCCUCCAGCGGUUCUUCAGAUUGAGUGUCAACCGAAGCUGAUCCAGAGGGAACUGAGGGAAUUAUGUAUGGAGACAGGCAUUCACUUCCAGGCCUACUCUUCGCUGGGUAAAGGAGCUCUCCUGAGGGAGCCUGAGGUAAUGGAUAUAGCGAGGAGCUGUGGUCGGACCCCUGCCCAGGUUCUCCUGAGGUGGGCUGUGCAGCAAGGCAUCUCAGUUCUGCCUCGGUCCUCGCAGCCUUGCAGAGUGCAGGAGAACGCACAGGUGUUUGACUUUCAGCUAAGUGAGAUGGAUAUAAUGAGGCUGGAUGCCUUGAACUGUGGAACAAGGUGUUGCAAACGAGACUCUAGCAAAAUCGCAUAAGCCUGAAGAAAUGACAAUUUCUUUACUGAUCCCAAGGCAAAAUAAAUGUAAAAUUCAGCGAAUUAAAGUAUCAUUGUAAAUAGUCAAUGUCGUGAUGCUUGUUUUAGUAGUAUUAAGAGUAAAUAAAAAUGCAAUUCUUAACAUACAAUGACUUGAAGAACAUGUGAAUUAAAUUUAGCUUUUUUUUUUAAUACGAUGUAUUUUUAUGCGUAGUCAACCUUUUUAUGAC